AGGGGGAGGUGGCCCGGCGGAGGUUAGCAUGGAGGGUGCCGUGUCCGACGUGGGGGUCUGUAACCUGGCCUAUGCCGGGCGUCUGGAGGAGCUGCGGGCUCAGCUGCUGCGCGACAGGGCCCUGGCCAUCAGGGCCGACCAGGACAACCGGACCGCGCUACACUGGGCCUGCUCGGCGGGACACGCGGACGUCGCCGACCUCCUCCUCGGCCUCGGCGUGCCUGUGAACGACAAGGACGAUGCUGGUUGGACUCCCUUACAUAUUGCUGCUUCAGCAGGCCGUGAUGAAAUCGUGAAAGCCCUCAUUGCCAAGGGUGUUCAUGUAAAUGCUGUCAAUCAGAACGGCUGUACGCCUCUGCAUUAUGCAGCCUCCAAAAAUAAGCAGGAGAUUGCAAUCAUGCUUUUAGAGAAUGGAGCUGAUCCAGAUGCAACAGAUCAUUUUGAAUCCACCCCAUUACACAGAGCAGCAGCCAAAGGAAACCUAAAAAUGGUACAGAUCCUUCUGAAGCACAAUGCAUCUGUUAAUAUACGGGACUCUGAAGGGAAUACUCCUCUUCAUUUAGCCUGCGAUGAAGAGAGAGUGGAGGAGGCAAAGCUGCUGGUGUCUCACGGUGCAAGUAUUCACAUUGAGAAUAAAGAAGAACUGACCCCACUGAAAGUGGCAAAAGGUGGCCUGGGAGCCAUACUUAAAAGGAUGGUGGAAGGCUAGCGGGGACUUCUGGCUGGACUUUCCUUCCUGUUGCACUUGUAUUUAAGAUGGGAAACUUUGUAUUUUGAUAGUUCAGCUAGGAUGUUGUGUAUGGGCAUCAGCAUGGUAAUAUAAUGUGCAUCUCUAGCUUUCCUUCAAGUACAGUGCCAAAACAACUGUUUGUACUUCCUGUUAAUUAAAACAGUUCACUGAUUUUAAAGUACUUUUUCAAUACCUUCCAAUUUUCUUUCAGUUUACAGUAUGAGCUGUAUAAAUGUGGUCACUCCUUCUAUUUCAGAACGUAGUCUAGGAUUAUUUCUUACAAGCAACAGGACCAAAAAUGCUUUAACCAUUUAAAGUCAAUUUUAUUUUGGAAGCUUAUUUUAGAGUCUUUAUUGUUUUCCUUAGCCUUUGUGCUUUGUGUGUGGGUUUUUGUUUGUAUCUUUGUGAGUACUGAUCUUUCUUCAGAUGAUUCAAAAUUACACUUCUCCCUUUGUAGAAUGCAGUUUGCUCAGUUACUUAGGUAAUUGUACCCAUUUUUACUCUUCUUAGUCUAUUCAGGUGAGCUCUGAGUGUUGAAAGCUUUUCUGUUGUUAUCUAUUGUUAUCCUGUUUGUUUGAAUCUUUAAAUACAUGUAUUUGAUGGAGUGCACUGGACUGCUUGCAGAAUGCAGGCGCGGUUUCAGGGUUACCUCUGCAAAUAUACUAUUAUAUAAUGGACGGCUCUGGAUACUUCCAUGGGAUGUACUUUGAGUCUAAUUUUAUUUCCUCUUGCUCCUCCUGUAGAUUUCUUUUUCUCUUCUGUUUGACUCCCAUUAUGUAGCACUGACGCUCACAGUUUGCAAUCUUAUUUUAUAACAGAAGCCUGGUUUAAUCUCUAGUUACUCAUAGCAAAUCCUGGUAUUAAGUUAUUAGAAGGCAGAGCUAAUGAGACUGAGUCUGAAAAGUGACCUUCUGUUCUGAUGUUGGUAAGAUCACUUUUGACACUGGUGGGAUAGAUUUCCCCCUUCUUAACAAAUAAUGCUGGUGAAAUGCUGUGAAAUAAAGAACUUUGCUAAACAGCAGUCUUUGGUGUUAUAAAAUUUUAUUAAACGUACAUGUAACAAAACCAAUAUUUUCUAAAUAGCUGUACGCGUGGGAUGUGAACAAGAAGUCAGAUGAAACCCUGCCAUCCGUUACACAGUAUGGAAAUAGAACAUGUGUAUUCUUCAGCUGCAAGGAAAGGUUGAAAUGGAAGAUGACAGUUUCUACAGUUUGACUUGUAGGGAUUAAGGUAACACAAUUUAUUUUGAUAAGCAAGACAGAAACUUACAACCAAACAAAUAUCUUCACCAAGUACUUUAAGUCUAUCCUAGAAAGCAAAAUGCAGGUUAAAUUUCACUGAGGUAUCUAUUGAGAGCAGGAGGGAUAACUUGCCUGUACGGUAAACUCUGGCCACACAGACCGUGCUUGAAGUAGGAACCUGACUGAGUGUUUCUUAGAUAUUGUGCAGACACUGCUGAAACCUUGAGUUAAGAAAAGCUGAAGUUAGAAUUCUGUGUUCAUCCUUGAUCUUUGUAUAGCAAAAAACCUCUGCCAUUGCUCUGUAGCUUUGUAAAUCCACUUCCCUAGGAGAUGGUGGCUUGAAUGUUGGCUUAAUACCUGGUUUCCAUAUUAAUGAUCCCUACUCCCUCAGGAGAAGAUAAAUGGGCCAUGCAGCAGACUGUCAGAACAUCUAAGGCAAAUUCUGAAAAAUGUUUCUGCAUCCUGCAUAGCUCUGCAGGGUUUUUGAGCUGCACACCGUAGAUCAAUACCUAAUUUGGCUUGUGUUUUGCCAAGAGCAUCAGUGGAGAGCUAGGAACAGUGCCCCAUCCUUUUCUAUUUUACAUGAGAGAAACUUCAUAAUGAGAACAAACAUCUGCCAGAAGGCUUACAAAAAUAUCUCAAUAUGUUAAGAAACUCCAAAUAAAUGGUUUUUUUCCAUGCCUUCUUCCUCAUCUCAGCAAUCUGUUUUGCUUCUUAUUUUUGCCCUUUUUUUUUAUAUAGUAUCUGUUACACACUGGUGGUUAGAAAGAUGAGACAAAUUAUUAGUCUAGAACUUGUGUUCAAUUGUUCCUUUUUUUUUUUUUUUUUUUUAGCAAAUGUAAGACCUGUGGUGGUCUAGGAAGAUUGUAUUAGCUGUAGAAGGUAAUUACAACUUCAACAGCAUAAGCUCCUAUCUUACUGUAGCAAGUUAUAUAAGAAAUACAUGCAGAGAAAUUUGUGAAGGUAAGACUAAAAAAAUUAUGAUAAUAACCAUAUAAUAUAUUCCCUUCUUCAAUCAUAGUAGUGCUGUUGCAGAGAUGUGAAAGUUGGUAAGCUGUUGCAGUAAGAAAAACGUAACUAAGACACAUAUAUACAGGAGACGACUUUAGAAGAACUAAUGCAACUACAUCAGUGUGUACAGACUUGUUUAUAUUUUCCCAUGAAGGGCAAGGAUAAAAGAAUGCCUGGGAAUGUCAGAGAAGAAAUUAUUUAAAAUUAAUGCCACUGUCAGCCAAGUCAUGGGCUCCCUUGUGCCAAUAAUUGAUUUGAAUUAUCUCAUUAGGAAACACCUUUGGUAAGAAACGGCACCUAAAUAGGAGUAGGUAGUACUUACUCUUUUCUUGCUGUCACUGAGAAUGCUUCUGCAUGCUUACAAAACUUUGGGUGUGAAUAUCAGAAAUUUUCAGUAAGCUUCUAAACCUAGAUCGAAGGAUCUGAGUUUGUGGAUUUUGCUUAGGAAACUGCCACAAGAGUCAGUAAGAGAGAUGCCUGAUUAAGAAGAAACUUCCAUACAGGUCAUGAUUAAGGUUUACCCUGGGUAUUCUGGGAAGAUUGGAGCAUGAGGGUCCACUGGUAGAAUAUGGCCGUGUUGGUAUUGGUAAGAGUUUGACCCUUGCAGUCUGGCACAAGCAGUUUUUAGCUAAAACAAUAUUGUAAGAACACUGUAAAUGCUCUUUUACUCUGCAGUGAGGCUAAACAGUAGGACACAGGUAUGAAAGACAACUAUUUGAAAGCCAGAAAACUGGGUAGAAAGGGCAAUGAAUACAGUUAUGCUUAAUGAUCCAAAUUGAAUCUUAACUAGGACCUCAUGCCUUACAUCUUCUAAAUGUUGCCAUCCUUCUUCUUUUUCUUUUUUUUGUGGUCACUUGCUUGAUAAACAUAGCUGUAGGAACUCAACCCGAAAAUUUUAGCACAAAUAUAUCCUUUUAUCUGUUUUAAAGAUGACUGUUGCAUAUAACUAAUGUUUACAGGCUAGGAACAGUCCCCAAAGGAUUUAUGAACAUUAGAUCCUAUAAAAGACUUAAGUGCCAAAAAGUUCCAGAUCCCUGAGCCAGACACAUUUUUCUGCAGUGCAUGAGACUGAAACCAGUGUCUCCUUGUGUCAGUGACUAUCUGCCUCAUGUAGUUCAGAAGGGAGCUGCUGAGGCUGGGUGUCGGUAUUCACCUGAGCCCCGUGGUCCUUGAGCUCUUCUGAAAGUAGGAACCUUUGACCUUUUGAACAACUGAGUUUGCUUAACCUUACAAAUGAGGUCCAGAGAGAAGAGGCGCCUAGUGAUCAGAGUGUAUAUAGUUCAAUUCCCUCUUCUCCUUCCAAGAGAGCGCUCAUUACUCAGCUGUUGGCUAUUGCUGUGGAUGCACUGCUUACCUUUCCUCUUGAUGCUGUCAAGGAUAGAAAAUAGUCCAAGUUACACUGGGCAAAAGAGACCAGAAGAAAAGCAGCAUGAGUUUGCUUAGUGGGUAUGGCAGUUGCUUGGAAAUAAAUUUAAAUCAUUUCAGGCAGAGGAAGCGAUAGUAACUAGUGUGUUGUACAGUGGGCAGUAUUCACUUCUAAGUUUUGAAAGCAGCUGUAUCUGCAUGUCAUGAGGAAUCUGAUACUCUGUGUGCCUAUUAUAACAAGCCUUGCAAGGAAUUUAGAUUUCCAGCUCCUGUUGUCUUGAAACCCAUCAAUCGAUGUCUGAACUGGGUACCUGAAUGCUAGUUCCAUUAAACUGAAAACCAGACCUGCUGAAACACACAACUCUGCAAUGCUGGUGCGUUGGGAACUUUAAAGCCAAGAAAGUCACUGUUAAAAUGUAUUCUACAUCAGGCAACAACAGGGUAAAAGCUGCCAGGAUCCUUUUUUUUUUUUUUUGUAGCUUUAAGUGGAAUUCAGACAUGCAAGAUUUCAUUGCUCCCGUUCUUAACCUCUGUUUCUGCACUCUGAUGACAGUAUUGGCUGUGAUGGUUGUUCUUGGUGCACAGGAAACGUGAGGUUGGCCAACACUUUCUGGAGAAGACUGCUGUGGUUCAGAACUAUAUGGAUAUAUACAGCAUUACUGAUAGUUGACUGGAAAGCUCUUACUUUGUCAAAUGCUUCAGCCCAUUUCCUAAUUAGUUUUGUAAAAUAAGUUGGAUAAAUGUGGAUGAUAGUCUUUUUAUGCCUGUAUUUAUGUGUAAUUGUAACUAGAUAAUAAAAUUUGGUUAACUUUAAA